CAAUAAGUGUGAAGUUAGCUACUAGCAGUUCAUAUUUCCAUAGUAAAAAGUGGAGAGUAUCGUAAUUUCUAUAUCGUAAGACUGUUUACUAUCAAGGAAAUCGUUGGAAGUCGUCGUCUACCUUUGAAACGACCAAUGUUUUUUUUUGUAUAAUUAAUUUUCUGAUUGCAUUUAGUACCGUAUAUCGUUUGAAAAAAUACUGUUGUGUUUUAAUUGUAUGUUACAAAGUCGCACCUAUAAUCGUGAUUCAUCGAACAGUUUUGAAUAACCUCGAUAUGAAAUUUGACAUUUGACCACGCAUUUGACACCACAGGGUCCAUCAACCAUUCGUUACUAGAGAACGAUUAAUCUAAAUAAACUUUAGGUUUAGUAUUACCAGUUCAAGAUGAAGAAAAAGGUUCUGUUAAUGGGUAAGAGUGGUUCAGGGAAAACGAGUAUGCGUAGCAUUAUUUUUGCUAAUUAUAUUGCACGCGAUACUCGUCGUCUGGGAGCAACAAUCGACGUUGAACAUAGUCAUGUUCGAUUCCUUGGUAAUCUGGUGCUAAACCUCUGGGAUUGUGGUGGUCAAGAAGCAUUCAUGGAAAAUUAUUUUGCAUCACAGCGUGAUAAUAUAUUCAGGAAUGUAGAAGUUUUGAUCUAUGUUUUUGAUGUAGAAUCAAGAGAAUUAGAUAAAGACAUGCAUUAUUAUCAGAGUUGUUUAGAAGCCAUAUUGCAAAAUAGUCCAGAAGCGAAAAUAUUCUGUCUAGUACAUAAAAUGGAUUUGGUGCAAGAAGAUCAACGAGAUCUGAUAUUUAGGGAGAGAGAAGAGGAUCUGAAACGACUUAGUUUGCCCCUUGAAUGUACUUGUUUUAGAACUAGUAUAUGGGAUGAAACAUUAUAUAGAGCAUGGUCUUCGAUUGUAUAUAUGUUGAUUCCUAAUGUGAAAGAACUUGAACAAAGUUUGAAACAAUUUACAAACAUUAUUGAUGCCGAUGAAGUACUUUUGUUUGAAAGAGCAACAUUUCUAGUAAUUAGUUAUUGCCAAAGACAACAUCAUAGAGAUGUACACCGUUUUGAGAAAGUUUCUAACAUAAUAAAACAAUUCAAGCUGAGUUGCAGUAAACUGGCGGCGCAAUUUCAAAGUAUGGAAGUUAGAAAUACGAAUUUUGCGGCUUUCAUCGACGUAUUUACCUCCAAUACUUAUGUAAUGGUUAUUAUGUCAGAUCCCGCAAUCCCGUCAGCGGCAACGUUAAUCAAUAUUCGUAACGCGCGAAAACAUUUUGAAAAGCUGGAGCGUGCUAGUCAAAGCUCAGCCUUAAGUAGAUAGAAAUCAAUUCGACCCAGGCGCGUUGUCACCCGGGUCCAAGGUGUUAAUCAUUGUUGAAUCUAAGAGUCAUUUCGAAAUAAAGUCACUAGAAUGAGAGUACAAUUGCACGAGAAUUGACCAAACUGUAUCGAUAAAUUUGUCAACGAACAUUUUAUAUGGUAAUUGUCAACAUAAGAAUAAUGUUUUCAGACCUGUAUUGGGUGCUAAAAACGGAACUUCAAAAGCACUCACUGUUUCGUUGGUAUAAAAUUUAAACGGAACAUAUGAAAAGAUUUUACGUUAUUGAUAUCGUAUUCAGUCAACACUUUAUAUUAUUCAAUAAGGGAAAACGCUCUCGUUCUUGGCUCUUAGAUCAUGCAUGGUUUCCUGGGUAAGGAAUUUUCCUGGUUCCAUGUUAUUAUACGUCUCAUUUCUGUACAGCAAUUAUUCUGGCCUGUUUCAAAGAUAUAUAUAUUUUCUUACGUUAUAUUCGAUUAAUAUAAUAAGCCAUAACGAUCAUACUUUAUUACAGCAAAAAUUAACGUAACUGAACGUCAUUAUAUCUCUGAAUUUAUAUAAACGAUAAUAUGGGUCGUACGCUAUACUUUGUAAGAAAUUUCGAUUGCCCAAUAUCUUUUGACAUAAACGAGCAAACAUUAAAUUUGUAUGAAUUUAUUUACAGCUAUAUUUAUGAAUAAUAUUAGGCAAAAAAUGUGGAAUAAUAACUAUGCUUAAGUAUGUAUCAUUAAACUGUAUUUUUUAAAUGUACAAAUAAAAGAAAGAAUAAAUACAGA